GCAAAAGAGAGCUGCGACGCCCGCCCCGCUUCCAUAUCACCGACAACGGCUGGCCCCCCAGUCCCCUCCGCGCAAGGCUCUCUGCUUCUCUCAUCUACCACCAGUCUGUCGCUGGCCCUUCCACUCUUUAAUCACCGUCCUUGUCUAGCACCUACCACCACGUCUAGUACUAUUCGCCUUAUCCAUGGCCGCACCUCCAGGAUAUGGUCCUCCGAAUCCCGGCAACCCCUUCACUGACCAGGGCUCGCCCUACGGAGCACCCUUGCGCCAAUACCCCGGGGAGAAUGACUUCGCGAGUCGCAAUGCCAGCACUGUGCCCCUCACCAACCCUGCCUACUUUGAUGCGCCGAAUUCGGCCGCGGGUAGCGUCGAGUCCAUGGACGGGUACGACCGUCCGUACAGUGAUUCGAUGAACUCUCGCUUCAGCACUGGCACUACGGACGGUCCCUACAACCCUUUCGCCGACGUGCCUGGCUCGGAUGAGCCAUAUCCUGCGUGGACGGCUGAGCGCGAUAUCCCCAUGUCUGCGGAGGAAAUCGAGGAUAUCUUCCUUGACCUUGCCCAGAAGUUUGGUUUCCAGAGGGACUCCAUGCGCAAUAUGUAUGACUUUUUGAUGCAACUGUUGGACUCAAGGGCGUCGCGCAUGUCUCCCAACCAAGCCCUCAUCACGAUUCACGCCGACUACAUCGGCGGGCAACACGCCAAUUACCGCAAAUGGUACUUCGCGGCCCAGCUCAAUCUCGACGAUGCCGUCGGACAGUCGCAGAACCCUGGGUUGCAACGACUGCGAAGCGUCAAGGGGGGCAAGGUGCAAACGACCAGCACGAAGCACCUCGACAGCGCUCUCAAUCGUUGGCGUAACGCUAUGCACAACAUGAGCCAGUAUGACCGCCUGCGGCAAGUUGCUCUUUGGCUCUUGUGCUGGGCAGAGGCCGGGAAUGUCCGCUUCACUCCGGAGUGUCUUGCGUUCCUCUUCAAGUGCGCCGACGACUACUACCGUAGCCCGGAGUGCCAGAAUAGUGUGGACCCAGUCCCCGAAGGACUGUACCUCGAGACCGUGAUCAAGCCCCUCUAUCGCUUCAUGCGGGAUCAGGGCUACGAAGUCGUCGAGGGCAAGUUCGUACGGAGGGAGAAGGACCACCACGAGAUCAUUGGGUACGACGACAUCAACCAGUUGUUCUGGUACCCGGAGGGUAUUGCCAAGAUCAUCCUUCACGACAACACGCGCUUAGUCGACAUCCCACCAGCUCAGCGAUUCAUGAAGCUCGGCAAAGUGAACUGGAACCGCGUCUUCUUCAAGACCUUCUUCGAGAAGCGCUCCCUCGCUCACUUGCUCAUCAACUUCAACCGCGUCUGGAUCCUACACAUCGCGCCCUACUGGUUCUUCACCGCGUUCAACUCGCCCAAGGUGUAUACAGCGCCCAAUAAGACCGACCCGUCCGCUGCCAUGACGUGGUCCGCCACAGCUCUGGGUGGCGCCGUCGCGACUUUCAUCAUGAUCUUCGCUACGCUUGCUGAGUUCUCCUUCACGCCGACGACCUGGAACAACGCCUCUCACUUGACGACCCGGCUCAUCUUCCUCCUCGUAGUCCUCGCUCUUACCGGCGGUCCGACUGUGUACGUCGCGUUGGUCGACAACACCACGUCCAACAUCCCGCUCUACGUCUCCAUCGCGCAGUUCGGCGUGUCCGUGGUAGCUACAAUCACAUUCGGUAUUCUCCCGUCCGGUCGUAUGUUCGGUGACCGUGUUGCGGGCAAGUCGCGGAAGUACCUUGCGUCGCAGACCUUCACUGCCGCCUACCCGACCCUGACGUCCAACGCCCGCUUCGCGUCCGUGUUGAUGUGGUCGCUUGUCUGGGGCUGCAAGUACGUUGAGUCGUACUUCUUCCUCACGUCCUCGUUCAGCCAGCCUAUUGCCGUUAUGGCGAACAUGAGAGUGCAGAACUGCAGCGACAAGUUCUUCGGCACUGCGCUCUGCUCGAACCAGGUCAAGUUCGCAUUGGCUGUCAUGUAUGUGAUGGACCUAGUGCUCUUCUUCUUGGACACGUAUCUGUGGUACAUCAUCUGGGUCGUCGUCUUCAGCGUGUGCCGUUCGUUCUACCUUGGCUUGUCUAUCUGGACGCCCUGGAAGGAGGUGUAUACGCGCAUGCCCAAGCGGAUUUACGCGAAGCUGUUGGCGACUGCGGAGAUGGAGGUCAAGUACAAGCCCAAGGUCCUCGUAUCCCAGAUUUGGAAUGCGGUCAUCAUCUCCAUGUACCGCGAGCACCUGUUGUCGAUCAACCACGUGCAGAGGCUGCUUUACCACCAGGUCGAUGGAGCGGAUGGUCGCCGCGUCCUCCGCGCACCUCCGUUCUUCACUCACAACACCGGCCGAGAGAGCGACUUCUUCCCUGCUGGUGGCGAGGCACAGCGCCGUAUCUCAUUCUUCGCGGCUUCCCUCACGACGGCUUUCCCCGACCCAUUGCCCGUUGAGUCCAUGCCCACCUUCACGGUCCUGGUCCCGCACUACUCCGAGAAGAUUCUCCUGAGCUUGCGAGAAAUCAUCAGGGAGGAGGAUCAGAACACUCGCGUCACGCUGCUCGAGUACUUGAAGCAGCUCCACCCCAUCGAGUGGGACAACUUCGUGAAGGACACCAAGAUUCUUGCCGAGGAGAACUCGCAAACGAACACCGUCGACGGCCACGAUCUCAACGAGAAGCACGACAAUCGUACCGACGAUCUUCCGUUCUACUGCAUCGGUUUCAAGACGUCGGCGCCGGAAUACACACUGCGGACCCGUAUCUGGGCCUCGCUCCGCGCGCAGACGCUCUACCGGACUGUGUCUGGGAUGAUGAACUACUCGAAGGCCAUCAAGCUGCUCUACCGUGUCGAGAACCCCCAGAUCGUGCAACGAUUCGUAGGCAAUACCGAUCGGCUCGAACGCGAGCUAGAGCGCAUGUCGAGGCGCAAGUUCAAGUUCACCGUCUCAAUGCAGCGGUACGCGAAGUUCAACAAGGAAGAGCUUGAGAACGCCGAGUUCUUGCUCCGUGCCUACCCGGAACUGCAGAUUGCGUACUUGGACGAGGAACCUGGCAGCAAUGGUAGCGAGGCGACGCUGUUCUCCGUCCUCAUCGAUGGUCACUCGGAGUUCGACGAGAAGACUGGUAAGAGGAAGCCCAAGUUCCGCGUCGAGCUGCCCGGUAACCCCAUUCUGGGUGACGGGAAGUCGGAUAACCAGAACCACGCCAUCAUCUUCUACCGUGGCGAGUACCUGCAGCUCAUCGAUGCCAACCAGGACAACUACCUGGAGGAGUGCGUCAAGAUCCGGAACAUCCUGGGCGAGUUCGAGGAGUACGGCAUCUCCAGCCAGAGUCCGUAUGCGCAGUGGGGUCAGAAGGAGUUCAAGAAGUCCCCGGUCGCUAUCGUCGGUACUCGCGAGUACAUCUUCUCGGAGAACAUCGGUGUGCUUGGCGACAUCGCCGCCGGAAAGGAGCAGACGUUCGGUACUAUGACUCCUCGCUGUCUGGCGUGGAUCGGCGGCAAGCUGCACUAUGGACAUCCCGAUUUCCUCAACGCGACGUUCAUGGCGACGCGUGGUGGUGUAUCGAAGGCGCAGAAGGGCUUGCACCUGAACGAGGACAUCUUUGCCGGUAUGACUGCAUUGGCUCGUGGCGGUCGUAUCAAGCACGCGGAGUACUACCAGUGUGGUAAAGGACGUGAUCUCGGUUUCGGUACCAUCCUGAACUUCCAGACGAAGCUGGGCACGGGUAUGGGUGAGCAGAUGCUCAGUCGCGAGUACUAUUACCUCGGCACCCAGCUACCUCUCGACCGAUUCUUGACGUUCUAUUAUGGGCAUCCUGGCUUCCACAUCAACAACAUCCUCGUCAUCCUCUCCGUCCAGGUCUUCAUGAUCACGCUGUUGUACCUGGGAACACUGAACAAGGAGCUCUCCAUCUGCACCACAGACGCGUCUGGGAACGUCACCGUCGGUCAGGACGGCUGCUACAACCUUAGCCCAGUCUUCGACUGGGUCAAGCGGUGCAUCGUGUCUAUCUUUUUGGUGUUCUUUGUCGCAUUCUUGCCGUUGUUCCUGCAAGAAUUGCUCGAGCGAGGCACUGGCAAGGCGUUGGUUCGACUUGGCAAGCAGUUCCUGUCACUCUCCCCUAUCUUCGAAGUUUUCUCGACUCGGAUCUAUUCGCAGUCCAUCGUCAGCAACUUGACAUUCGGUGGUGCUCGCUAUAUCGCGACUGGACGAGGUUUUGCGACAACCCGUAUCUCAUUCACCAUUCUAUACUCCCGCUUCGCCGGUCCGAGCAUUUACAUGGGUAUGCGCAACGUCCUGUUGCUCACGUAUGCGACUAUGUCCCUUUGGACGCCCUAUCUCAUCUACUUCUGGUUCUCGGUCGUGUCUCUCUGCAUCGCGCCCUUCGUCUUCAAUCCCCAUCAGUUCAACUUCCCCGACUUCAUCAUUGACUAUCGCGAGUUCCUUCGUUGGAUGUCCCGCGGCAACUCGCGCACGAAGGCGAGCAGCUGGUACGGUUACUGCCGUCUGUCGCGUACCAUGAUUACCGGUUACAAGAAGAAGAAACUCGGCCACCCCUCGGAGAAGCUCUCUGGCGAUGUUCCUCGUGCCAGGUGGCGGGCGGUGCUGCUCUCUGAGAUCGUCUGGCCCAUCUUUAUGGCAGCCCUCUUCAUCGUCGCCUACAUGUUCGUCAAGUCCUUCCCAACCAAAGGCAAGCAGAACCCCAGCCCUCUGAUUCGUAUUGCCGUCAUCUCGGUCGGACCUGUCGUCUGGAAUGCGGCUAUGCUCUUGUCGUUGUUCUUUGUAUCACUGUUCCUGGGACCGAUGAUGUCGGGCUGGGCAAGGUUUGCGUCCUUCAUGGCAGCAUUGGCGCACUUCCUGUCUCUGAUCGGGCUUAUCGCGUUCUUCGAGUUCUUCUGGUUCUUGGAGCUUUGGGAUGCCUCGCACGCGAUUCUCGGUGUCAUCUCCAUCGUCGCAGUUCAGCGCGCGAUCCAGAAGAUCCUCAUCUCGGUGUUCCUCUCGCGUGAGUACAAGCACGACGAGACUAACCGUGCAUGGUGGUCUGGGAAGUGGUACGGCCGUGGUCUCGGAAAUUCCGCCCUGUCGCAGCCUGCGCGUGAGUUCGUCGUCAAGAUCGUGGAGAUGUCGCUUUGGAGUUCCGACUUCUUGAUGGCGCACAUCUUGCUCAUCGUCCUGACGCCGCCUACGCUCAUCCCCUUCGUCGACAUGGUGCAUUCGACCAUGAUGCUUUGGCUGCGUCCCUCGAAGCAGAUUCGCCCUCCUCUCUUCUCUACGAAGCAGAAGCGGCAGCGCCGUUGGAUUGUGGUCAAGUACACGGUCAUGUACCUGGUUGUAGUGGCAGGUCUCGCUGCGCUCGUUGUGCUUCCUGUGCUUUUCCGGGAUCGCAUCACGUGGAACUGUACCGUAUGUCAGAACAUCUAAUGUCCCUCGCCCUCUUUGGUCUCGGUGAUACUAGGACGAUUCCGCAUUACGGCGGAACCUUCGACAGACAUUCAUUGUAUAUCCAUAUACUCACCCUUGGCAAUCUGUGUAAUACCAAUAGAGACUUAUUUCAUUGCAUGCAUCGUAUCGCAGUCAUGUUGUUCAUCAUCCA